CAGGUCUGACUAAGCCACAGUCAACAUGAAGAAACUAGUUUUGUGUCUGGCUCUGGUCCUCCUUCAGAGUGGGCCCUGUUUUUCCACAAGCCGCCCUUCCAACUGGCUCAGACAAUGCCGAGCGUCCACAAACCUCUCCAUCACAUCUCUGGGGGUCCUGCCUGGCGGAGGCUGGGACAACCUGAGGAACAUGGACAUGGGUCGAGUGAUGAACUUCACCUACUCCCAGUGUCAGACCACAGAAGACGGCAUCUACCUCAUCCCUGACGAGGUGUUUGUGAUCCCCCAAAAGGAGACCGGGGUAGAGACCAGCUCAGAGAUCAUCAGCUCGUGGACAGAGCAGAAGAGUGUCACCUCUAGUUCCAUAAAUGCAGAUGUCUCCUUCCUCGGUAUGGUGAAUGGGAAAUUUUCAACAGAAAACCAAAGAAUGAAAACGCAUCAGGUCAAAGAUUCUGCCACAACAACCAGAGUGCAGGUGCGUAACUUCAUCUAUUCUGUGAAGGCGUAUCCAGACUUCACACUGGACUCACGUUUUGUUCAGCAAGUCAAAGACAUAGCAGAUGCCAUUGAAAACAACCAGACAAAGAAUGCGGCCUAUCUGUCUGAGAGGAUAGUGGUCGACUAUGGAACCCAUGUGAUCACCAGUGUAGAUGCUGGAGCCUCUUUAGUGGAGGAGGACUACCUGAACUCAAAAUAUGUCUCAGAUAAUAUUUCUCAGGGUUUAAGUGUUAAAGCCCAGGCAGGAUUCAACUUUUUUGACAAGCUCAAAUUUGACAUAGGUGGAGGGAGUUCCCAACAAAGUGCCAGCCUUCAGACCUACCAGUCCAAUAUCCAAUACUCCCUUACACAGAGUCACGGAGGUGUGCCUUUCUAUCCUGGAAUCACUCUGCAGAAGUGGCAGGAAAGUACAAAAAACAAUCUGGUGGCUAUUGAUCGCUCAGGAGUCCCCCUACACCAUAUUAUCAACCACAACACACUCCCUGAUAUACCACCUUCCACUAUAGAAAAGGUCUCUCUGUCUCUUAAAAAAGCCAUACAGAGAUAUUACGUGGUCAACACUCGUCCAGGCUGUGUAGAUGUCAACUCCCAGAACUUCAACUUUCAGGCAAAUGUUGCUGAUGCAUCGUGUGAAGGCCCAGCCACUAACCUCAGUUUUGGAGGUGUAUAUCAACAAUGUAUUCAACUGAGCAAAGAUGCAGGGCCACUGUGUGAGAAACUGGUCCAAAAGAACCCAGACACGGGUGACUUCUCCUGUCGAUCUCCUUACACACCCACUUUACUGAGAUCUGAAGUGAGGCAGGAAGGAUAUACUUCAUAUGAAUGCUACGAUCAUACUUAUAGGUGUGGGUUUUUGCACUUACAACACUGCCACCAACAGAUUUGCCGGGACAAUUACUAUGUGCGUUCUGCUCGUAUUGAGACAUAUUGGUGCUCAGUGAACGGGAAAGCCCCAGAUAACUCCGGGUAUCUAUUUGGAGGCCUCUACAGCCCAUCCAUGCUUAAUCCCAUCACUAACUCCAAAGGUUGUCCUCUAAAUUUUAUUGCAGAAAAAUUCCUCUCAGACGGAAUGGUGCUGUGCGUAAGUCGCGACUACGAAAGAGGCUCAAGAUUCGCUGUGUCUUUUGGCGGACUCUUCAGCUGUCAGUCAAAUAACCCCCUGGCAAACAAUGAACGCCGAUGCCCUCCUAAAUUCAGCCAACACCUUGCGAUUGUGAGUGACGGGUGCGAGAUCCUUUACUGCGUCCAGUCAGGAUUAUUCACUGGGGGAGAACUGAAACCUAUCCGACUGCCUCCAUUCACCAAACCCCCUCUCGUCAGCAUGCAGGCCACCAACACUGUGAUGGUCAUGACUGAGGGAGAGAAGAAUUGGGUCAGAGUAGGGAAAACCAAAAUGUGGAAACUGGCCAAACCUGAAGAGAUCCAGGAAAUGGUGAAGCAGAUGGACCCUGAAUAUAACAAGCUGUCCAGCGGGGAAAAGACUGGGAUAGCUUUUGGGGUACUGGCUUUAGUUGCGCUGGUGGUUGUGGGAGCGGUACUGUUCAAGAAAAGACGAAGGCUGUCAAGAUUUUCGAAAAGUUAUGAGGAAAUACGAGGAGAUGCUGAAGAAACAGAGAGAUUAACACCAGAAGCUUAAAAAUACACAUCAGGAAACUAACCGAGGGGCCAAUCUAUGAACUUUUUUCAAUCAACUUUCACAAUCUGUCACAAUUUAAUUAUAUAUUUUUUUGCAUAACUUUUUAUUACUGCUUCAAGACACUUCAGAUUUGCCAUAUAUGCUAGUAUACUCUAUACAUGCAUGCAAAAAAAAAGAUGAGCAAACCGCACUCUCAUCAAUGUAAAAGAUAAAUCAAUGUGGUAUUUGUUGUAUGAUUAUUGCGAGAAUGUUGUGAUUUUACAGUGUUUACUAUUAUUGACACCAAAACAGUGAAAUUCUUAAUUUACUUUCAUUCACUGUCUAACAGAGUAUCAUUUCAGAAGCAUGUGGCCAGUGUUAUAAAACCAAACUUUCUGAAUGAUAAAGUUCAUGUGACAUAAACAGCCUGAUAAUGAGCACUUUACAUUUAGUUUUACUUUUUUGGAGUAGACUGUAUAGAAAUUACUUCAUUUUGCUUUGAUAAAAAUGCUUAAGAUUAUCUUUUUUUUUUGUUCUCAUAACCAUAAUGAAAUUUGAAUAAUCUUGAUUAGCCCCAGGUUUCUAUUUUUAUCGUUUUGUUUUUAAAUAGUUUUUGCUAAAUGUAUAACUUUUUGAUAGUCAGUUUAAGUGAAAUUAAAUGACAUUCUUAAAAGUUUCUCAGGGUAAAGGGUAGAGCAAACCCUUUCUACCAGCACAUACUUGCACACUGUAGAAAACACAUAUGAACAAACAGCGCCCCCAAGAGGUUAUUGUUGUAUAGAUUUUUAUAUAGUCUAAUGCGGAUUUGAAUAAAAUGUAUGAAGUAAAUCAGAUUGGCAGCUUAAUUAAUUUAACAGUUUGCAUUUAAACAGCUUAAACCGAAGAACCUAGCUUUGAAUUUCUGUGCACUGUGUAUAUACUUGAAUAAUAAAAUUUGUAAAAAAUAAAAUAAAAUAAAAAAUAGGAUAAAUCUCUCCAAGUGUAUUUUACAUCAUUGUUAUGUUAUUUAUUAUUUAAAACUUAUAUAAGGUACAUGAAUACAUAAGAGAUAACAGUAUCACUUAGCCCCAGACACAAAACUACACUUUAUAUUGGAAAAUUGUCAAAUUAAUUCAAAUUCCAUUAAAAAAAAAAAAAAAAAAAAAAAACAUUAAAAAAUCUUCCUACCAUUUAGAUGUAUUUAGGCUUAUACUUUAUAAUCACUUAAUUAUUCAGAAUGUGGUACAUUUUAAGAGAAGACAACAAUAGCAUCUUAUCUCAGUCUAAGAACUUUUUUAUGAGAGCAAACAAAAUAGUAGAGUAUAUAAAGACAUAAUUGUACAAAUUUGCAGUCAAGGCCUCAAACAUUUGGACUUCCUGAUCUUGUUCAGGGAGCCAGACAAAGACACAGAUGAGUCAUAUGUUUGCUUUGGUACAGACGGGUCCGCUCUGUUUUUCUUGUAAGACUUUGUCAUUGUUAAUAUAACCUGGCAUAUUUACACUGAUAUUUAUUAUUAUGUCCCUAUCAAAUUCAUAAUAAAAAAAACCCCA